GCACACAGCGUUUGGCACGCCUGGAACACGUUCACCGAGGCAUAAGACCACAUUCCAUGUCUUUGCGCGAGUGAGCGCCCUCGUCGCGAGACCAUACUGCAGAUUGCAACAUGCGCGGUUUCUAUUGAAAAAGUUCUUCGAUAUCACCAUCUGACGUUCAACCUCACCAUGGUCUCAUUCUGGCCUUUCGGCGGGGACGAUAACAGCGCCGCGUCUUUCGAAAAGGCUCUCAGCCAGCUAUCAGAAAAGAUCACUACCGCCACAGCGCGCAAUGCACGUUUCAAACACCGACAGCGCAAGUACAAGGCCCUCUGGACUAUCUACACCGUCUUCGGAUACAUCUUGAUCGAUAUCAUCCUCAUUCUCGUCACGCGCUGGGAGAAUUGGGGUCCUCUGUCAUGGACCGUCGUGUCUGGCGGGCCUCUAGGCAUCUACAUCGUGCGCAGGAUACUGCACGCUUACUACGAUAGUCGUUUAACAGCUGGCCAAGAGCAUCUCGGCGAUCUUGUCAAGCAGCGAGACGAGACAUUGGAGAAACUCAAAGCGACCACAAAAUACGACAGCACGCAGAUAUUGCUCGAGAAAUAUGGUGGUUCGCCCAGUUCUAAGAGAGCUGAGUCUUCCAGCAACCUUCCAAGAAAGAGGCAGAAGUCGGACAAUGGUGCGGCAAUACAAAGAGCGCCAGUGAAUCAGCAGCCUGCGAGGACUGGCAUGCCUCCACCUGCUACUGCAAACAUUCAAGCUUCACCAAUUCCGCGCCAGCCGCAGGACUCGACGCGACCAUUGAGCUGGGCUGGCGGUCCCAACCCACCUCCACAGCAAGCAGGGCUCGCCAGUGCCAAUGCACCCGGCGAAGAGUUUGCUCCGAAUGCGUUUGCAAGCUCUACACGUCCACCCAUGCUCUCGGCUCCCUCGCAACAAUAUGCAGUGACCGGACCAAAGUGGUACGAUCGCAUCAUGGAUGUCAUUCUCGGCGAUGACGAAACGCAAGCCAAGAAUCGUUUGGUUCUAAUUUGCUCCAAUUGUCGACUUGUAAACGGCCAGGCACCACCGGGAUCGCGAACAGAGGAGGAUGUUGGGAAAUGGAGAUGCGGCGAAUGCAAAACGUGGAAUGGAGUGGAGAGUGAGGAGAAGAGAGUGCUCAAACACGCUGCACAGCGGGAACUGGAGCCACAGCCAAUUCGCCGUGCAGCGACAGACCUCGGCGCCGGGACACGAUCGCUUGGCGAGGACUUUGAACAUGUCGAAGAGGAGACCGAUUCGGAUGAGGUCGGUCAAGCUGAAGAGGCGAAAGGCGGCGAUGAUGCUCCACCGGCCAAAUCGACACGUAGCGCCUCACGGCCGAAGAGGAAAACAUGAUGCUGGGCAGUCAUUGCAUACUGAUGACUGCACUGUUACAUGCAUACCAUUACAUGGCAUAUUUUCAUUAUGAUCGGGAAAAAUGUAUGGGGUAUAUUA